AUGCAGCAGCACGAGGAGCAAAGGUCGAGUAGGAGUAGGUCCCCGGAGCUACAAUUGUUGGCCUCACCGCUAGUGUCAACCGCGGGAUCCAUGGGACCGACGGUGUCCCCCAUGGUAUCGCCGGGGUACACCGAGGCGGAAAGUGACCUAGAAUUGCGCGAGGAGCCCCGGACCAGCAGUAGCAAGGAGCCCCGCACCAGCAAGCGCGAGGGGCUCCGCACCAGCAAGCGCGAGGAGCCCCACACCGGCAAGCGCAAGGAGCACCGGACCAGCAGACGCGAGGAGUCCCGCACCGGCAAGCGCGAGGAGCGCCGGACCAGCAGGCGCAAGGAGCCCCGGACCAGCAGGCACGAAGAGCCCCGCACCGACAAGCGCGAGAAGCCCCACCCCAGCAAGCGCGAGGAGCGGCCUGAGGGAGGAAGGAGGGGCGCACGGAGACGCGGAAGGAGGAGCCCAACCUACCUUUAA